GAUUUUGUACCGCUUUACCAAGACUUUGAAAACUUCUACAAAAGGAAUCUGUACAUGAGGGUGCGAGACAACUGGAAUCGGCCCAUCUGCAGUGUGCCAGGACCUACAUUUGACCUGGUGGAGCGGGUCACUGACGACUACAACUGGACAUUCAGAUACACAGGACGAAUAAUUAAAGAUGUCAUUAAUAUGGGUUCCUAUAACUACCUGGGCUUCGCGGAAAACCACAGUGAGUUCCUGAAACCUGUUGCAGAGGUGAUGAUGGAGUACGGUUCAGGAGUGUGCAGCACGAGGCAGGAAAUGGGUAACCUGGACAAACACAUUGAGGUAGAGAAGUUGGUCACCCAGUUCUUGGGAGUGGAAGCAGCGAUGACAUUUGGCAUGGGCUUUGCUACCAACUGCAUGAAUAUUCCAGCUCUAAUGGGCAAGGGCUGUCUUAUUCUGAGUGAUGAACUGAACCACACAUCCCUCAUCCUUGGUGCUCGUCUAUCUGGGUCCACCAUCCGAGUCUUUAAACACAACAACAUGCAGAGUUUAGAGAAGCUGCUGCGGGAUGCGGUGGUCAACGGGCAGCCUCGAACCCAUCGACCUUGGAAGAAGAUCCUUAUCCUGGUGGAGGGAAUUUACAGCAUGGAGGGGUCGAUAGUAUGCCUGCCAGAGAUUGUACUCUUGAAGAAAAAGUACAAAGCCUACCUCUACUUGGACGAGGCCCACAGUAUAGGAGCUGUAGGGCCUACAGGCCGCGGUGUGGUGGAGUACUUCGGAGUGGACCCCGCUGAUAUCGACGUGAUGAUGGGCACCUUCACUAAAAGCUUUGGUGCAAUUGGAGGAUACAUCGCUGGCAAGAAGGAACUGGUGGAUUACCUCCGAGGCUAUUCUCACAGUGCAGCCUACGCUACCUCAAUGCCACCAGCAAUAGCCGAACAUAUUGUCCGAACAUUGAAGUGCAUCAUGGGGCUUGAUGGAACAACAAUAGGUGCUGAGCGAAUACGGAAGCUGAAGGAAAACACCAGGUAUUUCCGGCAGCAUUUACAGCAGAUGGGCUUCAUCAUUUAUGGCAACGAAGACUCUCCGGUGGUGCCGCUGCUGUUGUAUAUGCCCGGUAAAGUAGGGGCCUUUGCCAGGAGAAUGCUGAAGAAGAACAUUGGGGUUGUGGUGGUUGGGUUCCCCGCCACCCCCAUCGUCGAGUCCAGGGCUCGCUUCUGCCUGUCUGCGGCUCACACACAGGAGAUGUUGGACAGGGUCUUGACUGUCCUUAACGAAAUGGGCAACUUCCUGCGAGUGAAGUACUCUCGAAAGCCAAGGAAUAGCUGUCCUGAAUUAAAGUACGACGAAAACUAUUUUGAAUUUGACAUUUGAGCUGCUUUGGCAACUUGGGGACGGGGGGCAGGGAAGCUUCACCUUGUGGCAGACCAUCACGUGCCUCCUUCCAACAGGCAGAGACCAAGAGGAGCAAGAAGAGGGUGGCUGCUGGGCUGUUUGGAUUCCUGUGCGAGCUUGCACCGGCACUGGUAGCGAGCCAUUAAUUUGUAGCCUUACACACACUGUGUGGUGCAUCACGGCUGCUGCCUCAAGUGUUGUUUACAGGUAGACCAUCAAAGACCAGCCGACUCUAUGCGGGCUCUCUUUCUCUCUUCCCUUCCCUCCCUCUCGCUCUCUGCUGCGAUCUUUUCAGUCGCCCGUCUUCCAUUUUGGAAUCUUUCUUCCAAAACAAAGGGGAAAAAAAUGCUGCCGUUACUCCGGGCAAACAUUUGGAAUACAGUAAACUCCCGAUAACUCAUCACUCCAAGGGAAAAGGGCUCA